AUGAGGAAACUCCUCGCUACGACUACACGAGGCCUCGUCGAGGCCGCGGAAAUUGCAGAGUCCGAGUAUACUCACUUGCCAGCGCAGGCCUCUUAUCGUGUCCAAUUCAUCCAGGAAUCGGUUCGAAAAUACAUCCUGCACCAACGAAUUGCCACUACUCACAGCUCCACCUCGAUGUGGUAUGAGAUCGGCGCUGCGAACAAUGUCCUCGCACUUUCGUGUCUCAAUUAUAUCAAGGCAGUGUGCGUCGAUACGGGAGCCAGAGAGUCCAUGGUGGAACGCUGGAAAGGGAGUCACUACACGAGUUUAACGGAAUAUAUGCGGAACUGGAGUUUCCUGGACUACGCGAUGAGGUUUCGCUUCGAGCAUGCCGUGCUGGCAGAAGUUCAUUACUUUCCACAAUCAGAGAUCUUCGACAGCAGGACAAGUGCAACCUGUGCGACUGCCAUUCCCCCGUGGUGGGAAUCUUUCAUCAAGCAUCUUCAGCAAAAUCCACGCGGGGGAUUAUUGGCGGCAGGAGAACAGACAUCUUUGGAGCAGAUUCAUUCCUACUCCACUGGCAUUUGCGUGUGCUUUCAACCUCGAUUCCCAGAUCGACGCCCUUGUGACGUGCAACCGAACUUUCAUGAAACGACGGGAACUAUCGAGAGCACUGUGUUUGACUGCAGCCACGGGGAACGAGAAGAGCCUUCUUCUGCUCUUACAGGCAGCGAACUGUCAUUCAGAAGUCCAUUGGACCUGUGGCUUGCUUCUAAACGAGAUGACAUCGUCCCAAACCUAUUGAGACCUGGAGGGAAAGUAGAAAAGGGUGACCGAAAGCACAGUCCCCAUGUCGCUGCGAUAACGUCUGCCUCCCUGAAUAGCCUACAUCUUCUGCUUAGGCAUGGGGCCGCAGUGGCCGAGUGCGAAACCAGCAAUCUCUAUGGAGGCACGUCUACGGAAAUCUUGGGUAUGAACGCAUUGGCUGCCGCCAGAGGAAGAGAUGUUGCCUUCAUGGAAACACUACUUGCUGUGGCCGAACGUCAACGGCUUCCCUUUCAAUAUUACAUGACAGCACAUUUCCAGGCGGUCUUAUGGCGGCAAGCUCAACAUGCGCAACUCCUCGAAUCAACAAUGGCGAGACAAUUUAAUGAGGCUUUGAUUGGCGAUCUAAAGGUUUUGAUACAAGUCAGGGAAGGUCCUCCACCUGACCAGAUCUUCCUCAGACGGUUCGCGAAUACUGCGCGACGAUCGAACGCUCUCCGACUACCACGCUCUCCGACUACCACGCUCUCCGACUACCACGCUCUCCGACUACCACGCUCUCCGACUACCACGCUAUUCGACUACCACAGCGUUCAAAGAGGGUUCAUUAUCCAUAUGUUAUUGAGAAUGCGCUGGGGUGGUCUGCCCGGAGGCUGA